AUGCCACCAAAGCCUAUUAAGAACCGUUUUGUGAUCCAACACCCAUACAUCACCGAAGAGGAAGAUCAAAUUAUCAAGACGACUGCGCAAUACACAGCAAAAAACGGAACGGAUUUCAUUAAACGAUUAGCGGAGAGAGAAGCCCGAAACCCCGUGUUUUAUUUCCUUCAAAAGAACCACCCGAAUUACCAAUACUUUGCACAACUCUGCGAGUCAUAUAACCAGAUCUUACACCCAAAGCCGCAGUAUCUUCAAUUUCUGAGCAGGACAUUUGAAAACUCACAGAACGUGUUGAAGUAUUCGAAAAUGCGAGCAGACUACGAAAAGAUUAUUGAGUCCGAGAAGAAACUAGUUGAAGAGAAGGAAGCCAAAGAGGCCGACUUAUACAACUCGAUCAAUUGGAACGAUUUUAUUGUGGUCGAAGUGGUCGACUUCGAAGAUGUCGUCGAAGAAGAACACACCACUGGAUUGCUUCAAACCAUCAAUGAAAAAGCGAUGGAAGAGGAUGUUCAUAUCGCUGAAGUUGAGAAAUUUGAAAACAAAGUCGACCAAAUCGACAAUACUCAAAAAGACCAACUCGAACAACAAGACGAAGUCCCAAGAAAGAAAGCACCAACGUCAGAAACACUUCAAGUCUGUCCAAUUUGUAAGAAGGCUAUUCCAAUCAACGAAAUGGACAAACACAUGAAAAUCGAGUUAAUGUCAAAGUCAAAGAAACAACAACAAAAGUUCGAGGCACCCGUCGCUCAAGACGCAGAGAUGGCAAAGAAUCUCGAAAACUUAACAAAGAACCGCCCCGACUGGAAAAAUUGA